UGAGGCGAAGUGAGCGCGAAGAGGCGAGAAUGUAAUUCGGUUAAUAACGACGGAUUUUCGCGGAGUUGCAGAGUCGAAGUGAUCCUCCGCUCUCACCGGCGGACGAGCCCUGUUCUCGGGGUGUAACGUGUCUCUCGUCGCAAAGAAAUCGCCGGCGAUAAAACGGAGGCGUUUCUCGAAUCCCGACUACGAGCGUAUCAUUUUCCGAGAGCGGAGGGGAACCACGCCGGAGGUCCUCCACCGUUCUCCGAACGGAGUCCUUCCGAUGCGCCCCGCUGCGCCGCCGUUGCUCCACUCGAAGAAGCGGGACACUUGCCGCGCGGCCGGCGGCAGUGAGGCGAAGUAAAGACGGAAGUUCCGCGCUCUCGGGGGUGUUCGGUCCUUCAGGUGUGUCUGUGCCCGUGAGAGAGGUCCUGUGCGCGAUGCUGUGCACCAACGAGGCUGCGCUGUGCCCGGCGAGGGCAGUUCUUCGUCACCGGUGAGACCGAUCCGUCGUGCCGACAGUCGCAGGAUGUUGCCGAGGAACGUCUGAAGGGAGAGAGGAGGAGGAGGAGGAGAAGGAGAGAGAGCAGAAGGAGAAAAAGUGGAAGCGAUAAUGACGAGAGACGUCGAGCUGUUCCACGAAUCCAGGAGAAACAUGAAUUAGCGGCGAACGACGGCACCGUCGGCCCCGCUCCUCUCCAACCAGCAGCGUCUGAAAACAACGGUCUCGGCGACAUGGAGAAAUACGGCGUGGAUUUCCCGAAGCGGGAGUGGAGUCACAGGCUGAGCCUUCGCGGUAGUCGAAGGACGCACGAGGGUGAAGUCAGGCCCAGGACAAUAGCCGAGGUCCCGGGAGGCCGGGGCACCAGGAGAUGGGCCAGUCUCAGGCAACACGUGAGCAGCAACGACGGUAGCAAGCCCCGUGUCGAGUUACUGUUCGACGCGCCGGGCUCGAGAUCCACCACGCCGUCCUCGCAGCCUCACACCCCGAAUACGCCGAAAACGCCGCACACUCCCAUCAAGAAGUCCAAUUGGGAGGUAAUCGAGCACUUCACCGGAGCGCCGCGUCCCUCUAUCAUUACGAUGGCCAGAGGAUCAGAAGUCGGCAUGGGACCGACGACCGGAAGGGAGACCAUGAUGGAAGCCGCAACGAACGCGGGGAUCACGCAGACUACGCGGAAGUGCGCCCUGAGUAGGUUCUUGAGCUCGUUAUUCGCCUCGCAUCGCUUCAAGAAUCUACAGGUCGAAAUGCUCUACCAGCGCUACUUCCUGCGCAUGAAUCAAAGCAACAUGACGCAUGUGCUCGGUUUACUAGCCGGCCUGGUGCUCGCGUUGGGCCUAUUAUUCGUCCUCAAGCUGAAACUGACCAACAGUCACCUGUCGUUCUACGCGCAGCUGCAGAGAUCCGAGAAUCUCUCCCUGGCGUUCACCCUGGCAGGCUGCAUCGUGGUUUAUACAGUUCUGGUGGCGGCCAUCUCUAGGCCGGGUAUGAACGAAAUAUGGUUGGCGGGGGUGAGCGGCGCGGUGCUGGUUACCCUGCUGGCCCUGCAGGUGACACUGAGCGUUCACCUGGCACAUGAAGCUACCGUUCCCGGCGACUCGUCCUCGACCAGACCGAGCCUUCAAACCGGAGGACCCCUCGCGGCCGCCCUGGCGGUCUGUUUCUUCAUCUACACGGCUUACGCGCUCCUGCCGAUCAGGCUGCGGCACGCCUGCAUCGCCGGAGUCGUCUUCUCGGUGGCCCACCUCAUCGCAGCCUUCUUCCUCUACCCGAACUAUCCGGACAUAGUGAAUCACCUGUUGAGCUCGAUCGUGGUGGUCGGCGGGACGAACGUGGCCGGCGCAUUGACGCAUCACCCACGGGAACUGGCGCAAAGACAGGCGUUCCUCGAGACUCGGCAGUGUGUCGAAGCUCGUCUCACCACGCAGCGAGAGAAUCAGCAACAGGAGAGGCUGCUGCUCAGCGUGCUGCCGAGGCACGUCGCCAUGGAAAUGAAGGCCGACAUCGCCGGGAAACCGAAGGACACGAUGUUCCACAAGAUUUACAUUCAGAGACACGAGAACGUCAGCAUUCUAUUCGCAGACAUCUGCGGAUUCACUUCGCUCUCCGAUCAAUGCACUGCCGAAGAGCUCGUCAGAUUGCUCAACGAACUUUUUGCACGGUUCGACAGGCUAGCCGCUGAGCACCACUGCCUCAGGAUAAAGCUCCUCGGAGACUGCUAUUACUGCGUUUCCGGACUUCCGGAUCCGCGGCCCGAUCACGCUUAUUGUUGCGUAGAGAUGGGACUGGACAUGAUCGAUGCGAUAACAUUGGUUCGCGAGGUAAUGGCCGUAAACGUGAAUAUGAGAGUGGGCAUUCACACGGGCCGAGUUCACUGCGGUGUUCUGGGACUGAGGAAAUGGCAAUUCGAUGUUUGGAGUAACGACGUGACCCUGGCCAAUUACAUGGAGAGCGGAGGGAUACCCGGACGCGUACACAUCACGAAAGAAACCUUAGAUUGCUUGGGCGGAUAUUACGAGGUCGAGGAGGGUCGCGGGGGUGAGAGGAACGCGUAUCUGAAGGACCAUAAUAUCAGUACCUAUCUAAUUGUCCCGGGAGACACUUUCAAGGACAACAUAACUACUUCCGGGAUACGGAAGGGCUUCCCGGCGAAUGGAAAUGUGUCCAAAGAAAUGAGAGUUAUGGGUCACGGCUCGCAACACGGAAAACAGACUAAUAGAUUAGGCUUCGGCGAGAGUAGUUCACGCGAGGGUGAGAAGGAUCCCGAAGACGAGGUGAACGAGUACUUGAUGCGAGCGAUCGACGCUAGGAGCAUAGAUCGCCUGAGAGCGGAGCAUUGUACACCCUUCAUAUUGACGUUUCGAAGACCGGACGUCGAGGAAAAGUACUCGCGCGAGAGGGACAGGAUGCUCUCGGCUUACUUCGUGUGUUCCGGUUUCGUCUACAUGGUCGUCGUGGUUGCGAUGGCCAUCACCGGCCUCGCCGGAAACGAAUAUUUCUACGCCAGCACCGCGAUUAGCAUACUGCUGAUAGCCAUGGUCAACGGUAUUCUGUUGGCGGAGAAGAACGAGAGAGUACCGGCGUGGAUGAGAAGCGCAGCCCUGCAUAUCUUCGAAAAUCGCGGCGUCGCGCGAGGCGUCGCUUCCAUCAUCGUGUUCCUGACGUUCAUCACGGUGCUGUCGCCACUGCCGCGGAUUAUGCUGGAAGGGAGCGACACCUGCGCCAACAACGCUUCACCCGUCGCCGCUGAAUCGUCGGAUAACUCCAUCCUAAUGAAAAAUAUGAAUACCGUCUCGGACAGUUGUUACUACAGAAUGUUCUGCGAUUUGUUCCCGGUUCUGGUGAUGCUGGUGAUGGUGACGUGCGCGGUGUACCAAAUCCUAACGUCGGUCUUCAAAGUGGCCGUAUUGAGCUUCGUCGUGGCGUGUUAUCUCGGGAUCAGCAUUUACCAGGCGCUGAAGGAGGACAAUGUCGACCCAGCCGGGAGAUGGCUGGCGGGCGUUCUGGUGGUUUUCUUCAUGGCCUGCCUGGUGGCACAUUCACAGCAUACAGAGGCGACCUACAGAUUAGACUUCCUGUGGAAGCUGCAAGCGACCGAGGAGAAGGAGGAGAUGGAGCAUCUGAAGGCCUACAACCAGAAAUUGCUCGCGAAUAUACUACCGGAGCACGUGGCCGCCCACUUCCUAUCUACCGUCAAUUCGGACGAAUUGUAUCACGAACAAUGCGACUUUGUGUGCAUAAUGUUCGCAUCGAUUCCCAACUUUUCCGAGUUCUACGUCGAACUCGAGGCGAACAACGAGGGCGUGGAAUGCCUGAGGCUCCUCAAUGAGAUCAUCGCUGACUUCGACGACUUGCUCGCCGAGGAGCAGUUCAAGUACAUCGAGAAGAUCAAGAGCACAGGUGCGACGUACAUGGCCGCGUCGGGCUUAACGAAAAGCACCUGCGACAUGCGGGAUUUCAAGCACGUGGUCGCCAUGGCGGAUUACGCCCUGAGGAUUCGCGAGCAGCUGGCCUACGUCAACGAACACAGCUUUAAUAACUUCCGCAUGCGUGUGGGCAUCAACAUCGGACCGGUGGUCGCCGGCGUGAUCGGUGCGAGGAAGCCGCAGUACGACAUCUGGGGCAACGCCGUGAACGUGGCAUCGAGAAUGGACUCCACGGGCGUGCUGGACGCGAUUCAACUCACCCAGGAGUGGCAGACGACGGCGCAGCAGCGAUCGUUCGUCGGCGUGAAUUUCCUGAAGGACUUCUUCGACGUCAACCAUGUCCGAGAGACCGUGAACACAAUGACCAAGUGGAGAUCGAACCACGGAAGAUUGUGCCUGACACUGGUGAUGCUGGCGAUGUGCCUGUACACGUUUCAACGAGAUGAGAAGGCCAUGAGCUAUCUGUACACCCAGCUGGUCUUCAACUGGGAUGUGGCGAAGUUCAGUAACUUCCGGACCUUUCAGUCGUCCCUCUUCGUGAUAGCGAUGCUGUGUGCGAUGCCGUUGCUGAAGUAUCUCAAAUUGAAGGAUACCAUAAUCGUGGUAAUCGGCGCAACGUCACACGCUCUCGGAAGACUGGUAUUUAUUGCGGCGAGCCAGGGGAGAAUAUUUUAUAUCGGAGCUGUUGUCGCCGCGUUUGGACCCGUGGUAGCUCCUGCGCUCAGAUCUAUGGCCUCGAAGUUAGUAGAAGUGGAAGAGCGAGGGAAGGUGUUCGCGAUACUCUCCGUAUUCGAUAACGCAGUGCCGCUGAUCAGCAGCAUUUUCUAUUCGCAACUUUACAACGCCACCAUUCUCACGGUACCUAACUUCAUAUACUGGUUGACGUUCACAACGCAAGCCUGCGUUAUGUUAUUGGCUGUAGCAAUUAAUUUCGCGCGGAAUGCAUGCGCGAUAAGAACGUACUGCUUCCGAAACGACGAUCCCAUACAGUCCACAUAAGUGAACAAUAACCGAUCUCACGGAUAUCCUGCACCCAUCGUCCUCGAAAGUUACGAUGAACAGCUGUUCAUGUACGAUCUGAACUUAGAACAACGCAACUGUAAACCGUUGUACGUACGCGAUGUAUUUGAGAUCGAAACUCAUCGAGAACAGACAUUUUAUCCGAGGAAAGACGAAGUUCUAUGUUCAUCCAAGUGACAAUUUGCAAUUUUGAAGUCACAAGGCACUUUGACGAGCAGGCUGCAAAAGAUUGCAAUCCGAAAUUUAAUUUAGACGAUCAACAAACGAUGACGGGGAUUCCGCUUAUAAUUAUCCUGUUCGUGAAGAAUCGGAAUAAAAAUCCGAAUGUUAUCGAAUAAUCGAGGGACGUAUUUUAUAAAUUUAUACGUAUUCAAGUAUAUAUUUAUAAAGCUUCGAGAAAGAAGUAUAAUGUAAAACAUAUCUUUUACACUCACGACAGAUAAUGUUAUAAAUAGAAUCCCACUGAUCCAUCAUUUCAAUUGUUGAGAUAUGCGUCCUAAUUUUGUGAAUGUUUGGAGCGUAAGUGGUAUUAUCUUCUGGUGGUAGCAGAAAAGAUAAGGUAACUUUCGAAGCUACUUCAUUAUUUGCAUUUAAGCGUAGCGUAAAGAUUCCAUAACUAUUUCAGACAUAAUAUAUGUGGAAACAUGCCUGCCGAGUAGAAAAUAAUACGACUUAACGAUACACGCGUAUAAGAAACUUAUAUAACUGUAUGAAAUUUAGAAUGUAUUUUUAAUGUAAAAUCGUAUAUUUCUAGUGAUAAUUUAAUACUAAUUGAACAACAAUUAAUAUUAAAUUGAUUCAAUAUUGCGAGAUGAUAUUAAAUAUAAAUGUAAAAUGAGAUGUGCACUGAGUUACAAAACUAAUUGAACAUUUCUUUCGACGUCCGAGCGUAGUCGAUGGUAAUCCGACUGAGAAAAGUAACCUUCCGGGAAAAUCCCGGAAACAAUUCUCUCUUUAGACCAUCGAUUUCGAAUUCUCCGCUGUUCAAACUGUUUUAAAGCUCAGGACACACAAGCGACUCGCAAGUGCUGUGCUGCGUGAGACAACGCGAUGCCUUUGAAUAAUUACUCACAGAGCACAAUAUUUGCUCGCACAAUCAUUGCUUUUACUCCAAGACUCGUGGGAGCAUGAAUUUUUGUAAGAAUAAUUAUGAAGCAAACAAUUUUGUAACAAUAAUUAAUUACGAAGUAAACAAUGAUGUAUCUAAA